AUGGAGACUGUGAAACCAUUAGAUGUUGCUUCAGGAAAAGGAAAACUCAGACGCACAUUUGCUAAAGUCAUCAACAUUAAGAAGCAAACCGGCGUUGUUCCAGAAGGAGACAAGGUUGAGAAAGUGAAGAAGAGCCAAGAAAAAGUGAAGUUGGGUAAAGAUUUAGCGAAGAAGAAUGCAGCAAAUCUGUCCGAGUCUUUUGACAAGUUAGAGGAAGAGUAUGAGAAAAGACUUUCCAUGGAAGCUCUUCUUGCAAAGCUUUUCGCUACGGUUUCUUCGAUAAAAUCGGGUUAUGCGCAGUUGCAGUAUGCUCAGUCUCCUUACGAUCCAGCUGGUAUUCAGAAAGCAGACAACUUGGUAGUAUCAGAACUGAAGACAUUGUCUGAGCUGAAACAGAGUUUCUUGAAGAAACAGUUUGAUCCUAAUCCUGAUAGAAUUCUUGUUCUUGCGGAAAUUCAAGAACUGAGUAGCUUGUUGAAGACUUAUGAGAUCAUGAGGAAGAAGCAGGAGUGUCAAUUGAAGCUUAAAGACUCUGAGAUCAUGUUUCUUAAAGAGAAGUUUGAAGAAUCCAUGAAUCAGAACAAGUUAAUGGAGAAGAGACUAAACCAAAGUGGCCAACUUUGCAAUCCAUUGGCUCAUAAUCUUCAUCAUUCCGCGCUAAAUCCGAGCCAUUUCGUUACUUAUCUGCAUCACACCGUUAAAUCAAUCCGAGGAUUCGUCAAAUUGAUGGUUGAACAGAUGAAAUUUGCUGGUUGGGACAUCGAUAUGGCGGCUGAUUCAAUACAGCCUGAAGUAUUCUAUUACAAGCAAGACCACAAGUGUUUCGCUUUCGAGCAUUUCGUUUGCAAGAUAAUGUUCGAAGCGUUUCAUCUACCUUACUUCUCAACCGAAUCAUCAUCACCUCAGAAGAAGAGCAAAGAGAUGUUCUUCGAGAGAUUCACAGAGCUUAGAUCGAUGAAGACAAAAGAGUACAUAGCUUCAAGUCCUAAAUCGAGAUUUUCUUGGUUUUGCAGAGCAAAGUAUUUGCAGCUCAUACAUCCAAAGAUGGAGCAAGCGUUCUUCGGACAUAUGCAUCAAAGAAACCAAAUCUCUGCUUGUGAGUUUCCAGAGACGAGUUUCUGCACUGCGUUUGUCGAAAUGGCGAAAAGGGUUUGGCUUUUACAUUGCUUAGCUUUCUCCUUCGACCCUGAAGCUUCGAUCUUUGAAGUACCUAAAGGUUGUAGAUUCUCGGAAGUGUACAUGAAGAGCUUGACGGAGGAAGCUUUCCUCUCUCCGCCGGAAGAAAGUUCGCCGGAAUCUGAGCCGCGAGUUGCGUUUACUGUGGUUCCUGGGUUUAGAAUUGGCAAAACUUCGAUACAAUGUGAGGUUUACCUCUCACGUUCAUGUCAACGCCGACCAAUCAGAUAG